AUGGAAGCGACGAUACGGGGAAGCGGCGAUACGGGGAAGCGGCGAUACGGGGAAGCGGCGAUACGGGGAAGCGGCGAUACGGGGAAGCGGCGAUACGUGGAGGCGGCGAUACGUGGAGGCGGCGAUACGUGGAGGCGGCGAUACGGGGAGGCGACGAUACGGGGAGGCGACGAUACGGGGAGGCGACGAUACGGGGAGGCGACGAUACGUGGAGGCGGCGAUACGUGGAGGCGGCGAUACGUGGAGGCGACGAGACGUGGAGACGGCGAUACGUGGAGGAGGCGAGACGGGGAGGCGGCCAGACGGGGCGGCGGCCAGACGAGGAGGCGGCGAUACGUGGAGGCGGCGAUACGGGGAAGCGACGAUACGUGGAGGCGGCGAUACGGGGAAGCGACGAUACGGGGAGGUGACGAUACGGGGAGGCGACGAUACGGGGAGGCGACGAUACGGGGAGGCGACGAUACGGGGAGGCGGCGAGACGAGGAGGCGGCGAGACGAGGAGGCGGCGAGACGUGGAGGCGGCGAGACGUGGAGGCGGCGAUACGUGGAGGCGACGAGACGUGGAGACGGCGAUACGUGGAGGAGGCGAGACGGGGAGGCGGCCAGACGGGGCGGCGGCCAGACGAGGAGGCGGCGAGACGAGGAGGCGGCGAGACGUGGAGGCGGCGAUACAGGGAAGCGACGAUACGGGGAGGCGACGAUACGGGGAGGCGACGAUACGGGGAGGCGACGAUACGGGGAGGCGGCGAGACGAGGAGGCGGCGAGACGUGGAGGCGGCGAGACGUGGAGGCGGGGAGACGUGUAGGUGGCGAGACGAGGAGGCGCCGAGACGUGGAGGCGACGAUACGUGGAGGCGGCGAGACGUGGAGGCGGCGAUACUGGGAGGCGGCGAUAUAAGGAAGCGGCGAGACGUGGAGGCGGCGCUACGGGGAGGCGACGAUACGGGGAAGCGACCAUGCUGA